AUCAGCGAUUGCAUGUUCAAACAAAGGUGGCUGGAUGUUUACCAAUGUUCAGGUCCAGUCGAAUAUCUAAUUUUGCUGCAUUGGGCACAAAAUUUGCCUUGAACCGAUCUCGAGGGUAUUUGGUGUUGCUCAAUCUUCCGAGAACUUUCUCCACGUCCUCGAAGAUGGAAAGUGAUUGUAAAGGCGUGCGAGAAUAUGAAGAAGGAGGUGUAAAACUGCUCUUAAGUCCUGACCAUGCCACUCCAAAUGCCGAAGAAGCUUUCUAUAACCCUGUCAUGAGGAUAAAUCGGGAGAUUCUCCUGUGCGCUUUGUCUGUUGUCAAGAGCCGAGCCGUUCGCCCUGUGCAGUGCCUUGAUGCCUUCUCUGCAACCGGAGUGUCUGGUCUGCGUUGGCUGAAAGAACUAGGAAAUUCUCCCGCAACCACCACUGCAAACGUCACGAGUGAGCAUCUGACGCGUGAUGACCGAGAGCCAGUGGAUGGCACCGCAGGUAGGGAUGCACACACUGAUCCAGCAGGUGCAAAUGCGACCACACCUGACAAGGACCAUGCUCCGGCCAAUGCUAAGCAGCCUCUCCUGGUAUCGAUGUGUGACAUUAGCCCAGCUGCGUGUCAGGACAUUGUGGAAAACUGCAAGCUGAACGGUGUGAAUGUCGCGGUGGAGGAGGCAAUUGGGUUACGAGUGAAACUGGAUCCAGCAGCAGAGGAGGGAUUGCGUUUACAGUCGUCAGAAUCCGACGCAGGCCCUGAGCCAAGCUGUAAGCGCACAGCAGUGGCUACCAAAGCCCUACCAACUGGUGCACAAUCUACCGAGACUACUGGUGAGAGUAGUGAAGAUGCACUGCCAGCAUGCAUGGACAAAGCCUCACUGUACUGCCUUGAUGCCAAUGUCCUCCUACACAUGCAUGCUUUCUCUUUCAUACACCUGGAUCCGUUUGGCAGUUGUGCACCUUACUUGAGUGCAGCGUUUGCCCGUGCUGGCACAGGCUCUGUAGUUGCUCUCACCUCUACGGAUCCCAUGACGCUGCUUGGCCGCGUGCCCAACAUAGCCGCGCGUAACUUCAACGGCUGCCAAGUGCGAAACGUGCCGUUUGCUCGAGAGCUGGCGGUGCGAAUGCUGUGCGCUGCAGCUGUCCAAGCUGCCGCACCGCUCUUGAAGAGCGUCGAGCCACUGUUCUGCAUGUCACGCAACCACUUUGCCACCGCUGUGUUCCGUGUGUCACGCGGUGCACAGCGCACUGACGCCUGUGUUAGUGCGGUGCAGAAGCUAUUCGUCUGCCUGCAGUGCGGCGACUGCUGCUUUGCGCCGGCCGGGAGUAAUGGAGGGCAUGAGUCACUAUCGUGUGAGUGCAGUCACAAACCGGGCGUGGGACGGAUGUGGGUUGAGCUUGGCCCAGUUUGGUCUGGACGCUUAUUCGAGCAGAGCUUUCUGGGCGACAUGCAAGAGCAUUCACAGCACUUGAGCAUAAUGGGCACGGGUCGUACUCUUCUUGCUCAACUUCUUGAGGAGGCCGAGGUUGAAGAAGCGGCAAUGGGAAAGCUGAGCAAGGCAGCGCUAUGCUCACCUCGUCCAUGUGCGCACCAGGGUGCUUUCUAUCACCGGCUUAGCAACUUUGGCAAGAGGGGCUGUGACCCUCCAAGCUUCUCAGCGGUAUUAAAAAGCCUACGGGAGAAAGGAUAUGCUGCGGGCAGAACUCAUUUUGAAACCAACACCAUCCGCAGUACAGCUAUCACUAGAGAGUUCCAGGACGUCAUUGAUGCAUUAGCAGUGCCGACGAAGAAAUGAAGGAGAAGUGUCCAUGCAACAGCGCCAGCCGUGUGUUUCUUGAGCCAGUGGCGUUGAGGCAGCUUGCACGUUGCUGUUGAGAAUUUGGCGCGAGUCACCGCAUUCUCAAAAACACACGACUGCAUGCCCACGUACCCAAUUUUAUCCUGAACAAAUUUCAGAACUGACUAAAUCAAAUUUCCUUUCGUAUACACCUGUGUUGUAGUUUGUUUAGGCUUUUUUGUUCUGCCUUAGGAGCUGGUUAGCUUUGCACAACAAUAUUCCUAUUGUUUUACUGCCUUUCUCAAAGUGCGAAGACUUCUUCCUCUCGAUAAUUCCCUCUUUUUUUCUUUUUAUAGUGAUUGGUGGAGCCCAGAGA